AUGUCCGACAAGCGCCAACGCGAGGUGUCAACCAAAGAACCUGAGAACCUUGAUGGCCAAGAUGGCGCAUCCCAGGGGCUGACUGCCAAGAAACAAAAGGGUUCCACUCCUGAGCCGCCGAGCUCGACACAGCCCAGAGCAGUCCAGCAGGCUGUGGAAGCGGAUACCUCCGAAACCGAUGAGGACGCAGAGGCCGACCUUCCUAGCUGGGCAUUUGACGAUGAGGAUGACGACGACGAUGACUACUGGCCCGGGGAAGAGGAUUUCGUCUUCGACAUCAUGUCAGAAGAAGAGAUCCAAGAGAAGGCAAACAGGUUGCGCGAGGAAAUCCGUGUCGCCUUAUGCAACGGGUUGGUGUGGAAGCCGUCCUGUGUAAAGGGUAACUCUUCGGUAAAUGUUGAGGCAAAAGUUGAUCACUACCAAGUCGCCAAUUGGGCGUUCGGGGGCAGCCAGGAUCCAAGUGACGAGACGUGGGCAGCCAUGGAUUACCCGACCGAAGACUUUAACGAGGAUUUCGGGCCAAUCCACAACGUUACUGGUUCCACACCUCUUGCGCUCACCGGAACUCAUGUUCGCAUAAACUUGGAAGAGAGUAUGAACGAUCCAUUGCAACAAAACAUGACUGUGAUCGUUAGUGCCUCCUACGGUACACAUGAGGCUCGGGAUAGACUCCAAGACACGGAUGUCUGCCCGUCAGACCUAGAGCAUGUGUUUUCGUCUGAUGACGACUCUUCUUUCAGUGAAGACGGCGAUCAUGAAGAGGCUCAUCGUGGAGAGACUAAGGAGACUGAGGAUACUGGAGAGUUGGACCCAUCCGUGCACUAA